ACACAGUCACCACAGAGAGCUAGACUAAUAUGUGGGAUAUUGUAAUGUCCGUGGCUCGUUCGUAUUUGCUUCCACUAGCAGUGGAAGUAUUCAACAAGGUGAGAGGUGUCCCAAAAGAUGUUGCAGACAUCGAAGAGGAACUGAAACGCAUUCAAACUUUCAUCAAUGAUGCAGAUAAAGAAGCUGCUAGUGAUGAAACUAACGACGAUAUCCAAGAAAAGUUGAAGCAGCUGAGAGAAGCAGCCUUCUGCAUAGAAGAUAUCAUCGAUGAAUACAUGAUCUGUGAUGAAAAGAACCCUCUUGAUCCUGGGUGUGCAGCUUUACCCUGUGAGCCUGUUGACUUCAUCAAAUCUCUGAUCCUUCGCCUUCAAAUAGCGAAUAAGAUUCACGAUGUCAAAUCACUUGUUCAAGGGAUUGAGGGAAAAGAUGGUCUCCAAAGCCGUUUUCCUUUGGAACAAAGACCAAGUAGUUCUAGAGGAAAUCCAAAUGUCAUAUGGCAAAACCUUCGGUUGGAACCUUUGUUUACCAAGGAAACUGAGGUUGUGGGCAUUGAUGGUCCUAAAGAUAAAUUGAAAGAUUGGUUGACAAAGGGAAGAAAACAGUGCACUGUUAUAUCUGUGGUUGGAAUGGGAGGACUAGGAAAAACCACUCUUGCUAAACAAGUUUUUGACAACAAGGAGAUCGUUGGACACUUCGAUUGCCACGCAUGGAUCACAGUGUCUCAAUCCUACACUGUAGAAGGAUUGUUGAAGGAUAUGUUGACUGAGCUUUGCAAAGACAAAAAGAAGAACCCUCCUCUAAAUAUUUCUACAAUGGAUGAAACGUGGCUGAGAAAUGAAGUGAGACGCCACCUGGACAAAGAGAGGUAUGUUAUCGUGUUUGAUGAUGUGUGGAAUGAUUAUUUUUGGCAUGAAAUUAAAUUUGCUUUAGUUGAGAAUAACCAAAGCAGUAGGAUAUUAAUCACAACCAGGUACGAUAGGGUUGUGGAGUGUUGUGUGAAAAACUCUUCUUUUCAAGUGCAUGUGCAUAAGAUGGAGCGUUUAAGUGAUGAAAAGUCUUUGGAAUUGUUCUAUAAGAAAGCAUUUCGUAGUGAUUCUAAUGAACAUUGUCCGGAACAGCUUGUAGAUGGGGAGGUACUUCGUAAUGAUUCUAAUGGAUGUUGUCCAGGAGAACUUGUAGAUAUAUCUCUUGAAAUUGUUAAGAAGUGUGAUGGUUUGCCUCUGGCCAUCGUGGUCAUUGGUGGUCUUUUAUUUAGAAAAGGAGAAGAUGAAUGGAAAAUGUUUUGUCAAGAUCUAAGUUUAGAGUUGGAGAGCAAUCCCGAGUUAGAUAGUAUAAAAAAAAUUUUGAGUUUAAGUUAUAAUGAUUUGUCUUACAAUUUCAAAUAUUGUUUAUUGUAUUUCGGAAUGUAUCCCGAAGACUAUGAAGUUAAAUCCAAUAGAUUGAUUAGGCAGUGGAUAGCAGAAGGAUUUGUCAAAGUUAAAGAGGGGAAGACUUCAAAAGAAGUUGCCCAACAAUGUUUAGCUGAGUUGAUCAAUAGAAGUUUGGUGCAAGUAUCUUCAUUUACUAUUGAUGGCAAAGCUAAAAGUUGUCGUGUUCAUGACUUAGUUCGUACGAUGAUCCUUGGUAAAAUCAAGGAUAUGGGGUUUUGUCAAUUUGUUGGUGGGCAUCAACAUGAUCAAUCAAUGUCAAGUGGAAUAAGUCGGGUUAUUAUAGGUGAGCAAGAUCAAUCAGUGUCGAGUGGGAUCAUUCGGCGCCUAACAAUAGCAUCGAGUUCCAAUGAUUUAGUUGGAGGUAUCGAAAGCUCACACAUUCGAUCAAUUUUAUUUAUCACUGAUAAAAUAUCUGAACAGUUCAUCAAUAAAAUCCCUGCAGAAUACAUGCCACUGAAGGUACUUGAUUUUGAAAAUACUCGAUUAUAUUGUGUUCCUGAAAAUUUGGGAAAUUUAAUUCACUUGAAGUAUUUAAGCUUUAGGAAUACUAGAGUGAAAAGUCUUCCAAAAUCCAUUGGUAAACUCCAGAACUUGGAGACCUUAGAUGUUCGGCAAACAAGUGUGCUUGAGAUGCCAAAGGAGAUUACCAAGCUUAGAAAGCUACGUCAUCUUUUGGCUAACAUGAUAUAUUCCUUUCACUUGAAGGAUAGUCUUGGGGGUAUGAUAGCCCUACAAAAGAUAUCUACCCUCAUAGUAGAUUAUGAUGGAGUGGUGAUUGGAGAGCUUGGAAAGCUGAAGCAAUUAAGAGAUCUAAGCAUUACCAAUUUUAGGGGAGAACAUGGAAACACUCUAUGUUCUUCAAUACAUAAGAUGCAACUCUUGGAGAAGCUAUAUGUUGAUACAGAUGAUGACAAUGAAGUAAUUGACUUGCACAUUAUGUCAUUCCCAUCUACAAUUAGGAGGCUUUGCUUGCGUGGGAAGUUAAAGAAGUUUCCAAAUUGGAUUCCAGGGCUCAAAAAUCUUGUGAAAUUGUCCUUGAUGUGCUCCAGCUUAACUGAUGAUCCAUUGGAAUCACUAAAAGAUUUAUCAAGUUUGUUGUUUCUCUCUAUUAGCCAUCGUGCUUAUGAAGGUGAAACUUUGCAUUUUGAAAAUAGAGGGUUUCGGAGACUGAAAGAACUAGAGCUCAAAUACUUGUAUAACUUGAAAUCCAUCAUUAUUGAUAGAGGAGCACUGCAAUAUUUGGAAAAGCUUCAGUUAUCUGAAAUUCCUCAACUCAAGACAGUACCCUCUGGCAUUCAAGACUUGAAGAAACUUGAAGUUCUCAAUAUCUGGUUUAUGUCAAGUGAAUUUGAGCAGAGCAUUGCUCCCAAUGGAGGACAAGAGCACUGGAUCUUCCAGCAUGUGCCCCGUGUAAUACUAUUGGCGGGGUUGGUGUAGAUAUUUUGUAGAAUUCCAACAGAAAUCAUCAUCACAAAGCCUCCAACUUUGGAAAUAAAAGGAAAACAAUGGAGAACUAUAGAGGUGUUUCCAAUGUAAUUGAUCUCAGACUCUGUUACCAUGAAGUCAGAAUGAUGCCUCGCUGGUGGUUUACCGAGUGUUACAAUGUUCAUUUUAGCAUUAUUAAAAACAACACAUGUGAAAACUAUAAAGAGCAUUCCCACUAAGAUGCUCUCUUUCUUGCAAUCAUUAAAGUGGAGGAUCUAUGAAUUUGAGGCAUCAAUGUGCAAGAUUCAUCUUUUCAUAUGGAUUUUUCUAAGCUUAAAUGCUUAAUUCCUUCUCUCUUUCUUGUUUUUUCUUUUCCUAUUGCGUGUACCUCAAUUUCUGUACUUUGGGGACGAGGAAUCCAACCCUAACUUGAUGUAAUAUGAGUUCUUAUCUUUAAUUAUAUAAUGAGUUGCUCUUAUAUACGAAGGUUGUUCGAGAAACUCACCCUUGCACUUUUGAUAUUGAAUUUUCAUAAGAGUUGUUAGUCAUAUAACUUCUGUUGUGAUAUGAUUUCUUUAA